CCGCUGGCCUUCGGGCCCCCUCCGGACUUUAGCCCGGUGCCAGCGCCUCCCGGGCCUGGUCCUGGCCUCCUGGCGCAGUCCCUCGGCGGCCCGGGCGCACCGUCCUCGCCAGGAGCGCAGAGACGGACGCCCUACGAAUGGAUGCGGCGCAGCGUGGCGACCGCAGGCGGCGGUGGCAGCGGUAAGACUCGGACCAAGGACAAAUACCGAGUGGUUUACACAGACCACCAGCGCCUGGAGUUGGAAAAGGAGUUCCACUACAGCCGGUACAUCACCAUCCGGCGCAAGUCCGAGUUGGCUGCUAACUUGGGGCUCACAGAGCGGCAGGUAAAAAUCUGGUUCCAGAACCGCCGAGCCAAGGAGCGCAAAGUGAACAAGAAGAAACAGCAGCAGCAGCAACCACUGCCUCCCUCGCAGCUGCCUCUGCCCCUGGAUGACAACCCCACACCAUCAGGGCCACCCCUGGGUAGUCUAUGCCCCACCAAUGCUGGCCUUCUGGGUACCCCCUCCCCAGUGCCUGUCAAGGAGGAAUUUCUACCCUAGACCCUUCCAGCCUGGGGCCCAGGGAUCUAGGGACUCAAAUGCUGGGCACCUGGCUUUGCUGGAGCCCAAGAAGCCUGUUCUGUUCUGGGUCAGCCUGUUGCUGACCUUUGGGGUCACUAUGGACAAAUUGCCUACCUAGGACAAGUCACUUGCCAACUCCCUGCCUCCCUUGGCUGGGUUAUGUGAUGAGCCUUUUGGACAAGGGCCUCUUCCAGCUCCUGUGUCCUAAGCCAUGGGGUGAUGGGGAUCCACACUGAGAGGUCUCAGUCACCUGGAGCUAUCUCAAGAUCCAGAGGGCUCAACAAGCUGUCCAGACAAGACUGAGGCUCCACCUCCUCCUCCCAAGAGGUUGCUGCGUGGAGCAGACUGGCCCUGGAGAGGAUGGGUCAGUGUUGAGAGAAGGGACACACAUGGGUCUAGACUCACAUGUGAAGUGUAAGGUUGAUGUCGGUCCCACCUGUCUCCUCCUGCAACCUCACCUCCACCUGCCCUCGUACCCCACGCUCUAUUCCUCCCCAGCCUGGAGGUGCUCUUAAAGCUACCAGGACUGGGCCCCAGGUAAAGGCUGGGCAAUUGGUCCCUGCUCUUGAGACAGAACUUGUCCCCUCCCUAGCACCCCAGGAAGGCCUAUGGAUGAAAGGGAAGCCUCUCAGGGUAGACUUAGAGUCUACCACCUGCCCAUGCCCACCUCCCCAUAGACUGUCCAUCACACUCAGGGAGGCCCCGGGCCAUGGGGAAUUUACAACUGGUCAGGGAUUAGGGAGAGCAGAAUCUCUUGAAUGCAGGUUCAGAAAUAAGUUUUUCCCUUUUAAACAAUUUAUAAAAAUCAUACAUAGCAUUAAAGGAAUUUUAUAAAAAGGUUUCUUCACCGUCA